CUUUUAGCCAUUAACAACCUUCCAACUGAAUCAUCAUGCUCCCAGUUGAUGACUUUAAUUAACUCGACCCAACUCAGUGCAUACUUGUGUUUGUUUUGUGUGUAUAUAUAUAUAUUAUAGUAUGUGACUGUGUAAAAGAAAAAGGCAAUAAGCAGAAAAAGGAAGGAGAAAAAUGGCUGCAGGUAAUAGUAAUGGGCACCGUUGUACCGUUGUGGACGAUGACGAGGAACGUGAAACCAAUGUGCGCAAGAUUCAGCCUGUGUCCAGCUCCAUUCCAGGGCCAAGGAUUUUGGAGUCACCUGAUAUGGAUAAGAGACUGCAGUUCUCCUACAAGUUGGCUCAUCUUCUCGGCUUCGACGAGUUUUACACCUCAGAAGUGUGGCGGGCGUCGGUGGGGGAGCUGCUAGGGACGGCGGUGCUGGUGUUCAUGCUAGAUGCAGUAGUGAUCUCCACGGACGAAUCCGACGUCAAAAUGGCGAAUCUGAUAAUAUCAGUGCUCGCAGCAGUUAUGAUCACGAUUCUUCUCCUAGCCGUCCAUCCGAUCUCCGGCGGCCACAUUAAUCCAAUAGUAUCCUUCUCCGCCGCGCUGGUUGGCCUCAUCUCCAUCACCCGAGCCCUAAUUUACACGAUCGCCCAAUGUCUCGGCGCUGUAUUAGGUGCCCUAGCCUUGAAGGCCGUGGUUAGCGACGCGAUCGAGAGGAAAUUCUCGCUCGGAGGCUGCACCGUCACCGUAAUCGCGCCUGCAGGUCCGAGGAGCAGCGGCGUCGCCGUCGGGCUCGGGACGGCGGAGGCCUUCUGGCUGGAGGUCUUCUGCAGCUUCAUCUUCCUAUUUGCCUCGAUUUGGAUCGCGUACGAUCAUCGCCAGGCGAAGGCGCUUGGCCGCGUGGUGGUUUUCUCCAUAAUUGGGAUUGUGCUAGGGCUUUUGGUGUUCGUCUCCACUUCCGUCACCACCGCCAAAGGAUAUGGCGGCGCGGGGAUGAACCCGGCCCGUUGCUUCGGACCGGCGGUCGUUCGAGGCGGCCGCCUUUGGAAUGGACACUGGGUGUUUUGGGCCGGACCGGCCAUAGCUUCUGUAGGGUUUUAUUUGUACACAAAAAUCAUCCCAAAAGAGCACCACAAGUUCAACGGCUAUGAUCAUGACAUCUGCAACGUUGCCAAGGCUAUAUUUAGAAGUCAUUAA